AUGGCGACACCACUUUCAGGAAGCUCUGAGGCGCUGAUAAUCGACAAGCUUCGCAGUGAACACCUCGACAGAGCCGAGGCUUUCUAUCUCAAUGCUAGGAACAUGAACGAUCCAAUGACAGGUUUGGAGGAUCAGGAUUUCUGGUCUGUCCAAGCGUUGCUUCUCAUGUCAUAUUACAUGUUGGCCAAAAGCAAGCGAAACACUGCUUUCGCUUUGCUCGGGAUGGCAGUACGGUCUGCGCUUGCGCUGGGCCUCCACAGAGAAGAGACCAUGGUCAUCUUCAGCCCCGAAGAACAAACACAGCGCAAGGACCUUUGGCGGUCGAUAUUCGUGAUGGAUCGCUUACUCUCUUGCUCUCUUGGCCGUCCGACGGCCAUAUCGGAAGACGACUGCUCAGGAGAUACACUCCGCCCGCCCGACAGUAGUGUUCGCAACCAGUCAUGGAGCUUCAGCGCAAAGACUGUGUACGACUUCAACGAGACUGGCCCGCCUGCUCUGGAAGCCACCGUUCGAAGCUGCAGAGUCAUCGGCGUCAUCUUGCGGAGGGUGUACCAGCAACGCAAGAUCAGCACUCGUCUCGCCCAAGAAAUAUCGGACAUAUGUAAGACAUGGCCCCGGUUGCUGACGCCCAUCUUGCAAUGGCGACAAGCAGCGACUGCCUCGCCCAGUCAAGGCGUGGCCAUCUUGCACGUCAACUUAUUCUACUGCCAUUCCGUCAUACUUCUUACUCGACCCUUCUUACUGUACAUACUCAACAAAGAGACUCAGCGGCAUGUCGAACAACCUGGAUCGAGAGGGCCACGUCCUUUCCACCGCAUGGAGCGAUUCAGCGAGGCAUGUGUCAUCGCUUCUGUGCAUACCAUCUUACUCAUACAGAACGCUUACGAGGCUGGCUAUCUGUCCCGACGCAACCCAGCCGUUAUCUACUUCCUCUUCGCAGCCACCCUCGUCAUUCUUGCAAGCGAUUUUGCCGGCCUAUACCAGAUCGAGCUAACGGACAACUGCGUUGUCAAUGCUAUUAACGUUAUGAACUAUUGCGCUGAGAGCGAUCAACAAGCAAGCCGUCUAGUAUACAUCCUGAGUUCUUUCCGAGACGUCGUCGCACAGCAACGACUACGCCGGCGACAAGAUUCAACAAGCAAUGCAACACUGCCAAGCAUCGCAUCACAACUCUACGGCAGGCCAAUGCCGCAGCAACAACGUAAUGCCGCGCCCCAGGCACCCGAUCCAGCGCGCGCAUCAAAUCCGAUGGAUGCAACACCACGACUCCACCAAGUGCCCGUACACAUAUAUCCUGGCAUGCAGACAGCGCCGAUCAACGAACCGCACCAUGGCAACGUUCAGAACAGCCCUGCUCCCACAGGAGAAGACUUUAGUGUCCAUCUGUCUCCUAUACAAGAGCCCCCGCCGGUAGACAUGGCCACGCCAUCGUAUACAUCGGCCUCGAGAGCGCCCUCGCUAUCAGCAAUGCUUGACCUCUCUGCUUUGGAAGCAACGCGUGUGCCCAGUCUGCAUUCUGAGGAGAGCGGACAGGAUGAGCAGAUCGAUUUCGAUGCGCUGUGGGCCUGGCCUAGUAACACACCUGCAAUGGGCAGUCCACGGGCUAUGGAGGCAAGUGGGGUGAGCGAGCGGGUGCAGGGUAUUAGUGACAGUGCUGUACCCAUGUUUGGGGUUAGUAGACAGGGGACAGAUGGCCUUUGA